AUGGAGCUCUGCGGAACACUUCCAGCAUGCGGAAACUGCGCGAAAAACAGUACGGAGUGCGCCUACGACCCGGAAAUACAGCAAGAUGUCACGCAACCCAACCAGACCCGGGUGAAUAGAACCAAACGGCAGAGAGAUACUCGAUCCUCGAAAGAAAAUACAGAUCAACGCCCGCCCACCUAUGGCCCUUCGAAGCAGGCGUCGUUAUCAAAUGGCCGUAAAACAGAUUUACUUGCAGUUGAAGCCCACCUGGCUCAGCUUGUAUCACUCGUUCAACGGCUACGAAAGGAUAACGAGGCUCAUGAAUCAACGGACAUGCCAGCGGCUGCAUUGAACCCUAGCGUGGAAACGGCGCCGAUAGAAGACGGCGGUUUUCCGAGUAAAUUGACCGCAAUACGACCAGACUUUCCGUUUAACGCUGCUGCUGACUGUAGUAGCGAUGAAUUUCCCAUCCCAAACGGCCAGACUACGGAUCUGGUUGAUCCACUGGAAACUUCAAACUUGGGCCACAUGUCCUUGGGGGACGGUGGGAGGUCAAGGUACGUUGGAACGACUUAUUGGGCUUACAUUUCCCAUGAAAUGGAGGAGCUCAACCAACUGCUUGGAAACCAGAGUCAGUCGCAUAAAUUGGCAGCAGCUGGUGCUACAGCAGCCGAUUCAGCUCACAGCAAGCAAAGACAGCGCAAAGCAUCGAUUAAUAGCCAAAUCACCAGCCAAACAACGUUCUCAGAGCCCAUCCAAAAAGCUGUCGGCAUUCCAUCGGGUUGCUUAUCACCAAAUGAUAAUGCGGUCGAGUUAUAUAUGCUUGAGCAUAUCCCGACAAAAUGGCAGAGUGAUAUUCUCUACAAGGGAUUCGUGACUGGUGUCCACUCACUGAGUCCGAUUAUUCACCCUCCGAUGAUAUUCAAACUUUACAUUGCGUUUUGGGACUGGUACGACUGCAAAAGGCAUACAGGGGAGCCUUGCCCCAGUCUUUCUUUCAUUCCACUCCUAUACGCGAUAUGGUUUGGAGGAUCAGUUUCGAUAUCCAUGAGGACAAUGGAGACGGAGUUCAAUACUUCGUCACGCGCUGUACUCUCGACCAAGUAUAGCGAGGAGGUCACUUCCUGGUUGGCCAAAAUCUCAUUUCCCCACAGUGUCACACUUCACGGUCUAGCGGCGUAUCUUAUUACGCAGACAAUUUUGUCCAGAGAGGAAGAACCGUUGGCAAGUAGCCUGUUUGUUAGUUUAGCAGUGAGAGUGGCGCAGACCUUGGGGUUACAUCGGGAUCCCGCCCAUUUUAAUAUCGACCCAUGGGAGGCAGAGUUUCGACGCCGAUUAUGGUGGCAUAUCAUGCACAUGGAUGCCGUUAUCGCGAUGUCGAGUGGACUUCCGCCAUUGCUUACCGAUACGACUUACUGGGAUGUUCGGGAGACGAGCGAGGUCAAGGAUACCUUGUUAGGGACUACCGAAGCCAAACGGUAUGAACAAUCGGUUGCCCACGGCGAGCGGAUACCUGAUAAUCCCGACAGCCCAACUCUCUGCGGUGGGUCAUCAAUGGUCAGCGUUGCUCUGCGACACUGUUAUGCAUUCAUGGAGAAGUUUAUUCGAUUGGCGACGGAUCCUGACUUUCAGCCAUUCCAAUGGGGCUGGCCUGGGAAUCAUCAGCCCAUGCACGCGAUGAUCCCCGAGUCGUCCGUGUCCCGCGGAUUUGUUGAUCGGAUCCUGUCACUUUCUGGACCAGACGGGGGCGUCGUCAGUGGCGGAGAUGACAUCUUCACACAACGUCCAUUGAGGCAUGGAGGCCGCGAGGCCUGGGGGAUGAUCCGUCGUCUGCGCCAAAAGGCCUGGCAGAAAGCCGGUCUGAGCCCCCAGUUGCCCAGGACGGGACAAGCGUGGCCAACCGAGUUCGAUUUUGCAAAUGCUCCCAACUUCAAAUCCAAGUCAUCUGCAACAGUGGACGCGCCUGCCCCUAGCGCAGCUGUGACUGCCGCCCUCUCAUGCGACAAAGCAUUUGCUCCUGACUUGAUUUUUGCUCGCUCAUCCGCCGCAACUAUCCCCACACAUCAAUCCCCCGUUACAUCUUCUACGGUGAACUUCCUAGACCCUGCCGAUCAGAGCUUACUGCCCGAUGCUGAGUCUGCUCCCUUUCCGAUCGAUCCAAGUCUCAAUUUUGACUGGGAUGAAUGGGAUUAUAUCUUUGGGCAAUCUUUACCCGUCGCGGAUGAGCUCAUGGAACUUGAUCAAACGACGGGGCUUGCAUUUGCUGACUUGGAGAACGGGGCUACGUGA